CGAUAUAAAAGCGGGAUGAGGGGUAUUUUCCACAUUUCAUUUGGAAGCAACGGAGAUUCAUUUAACGUGUACAGAUUCAAGAAUUAAGAUGCUAUUAUUAGUGCGUUGCCUCGGUGCGUCCAUUCUUCUUCAAACAGUGGCUGUCCUAGCCCAACCAGAUGGUUCGAGCUUUGGUACCUGUUUGGACCUGACUUUCAUGAUAGAUGUCUCUUGUUCGGUAUCACGUGAUGACAUGAUCAGAGGAAUAGAAUUUGCUAAGGUAGUUGUGGACAAUCUGGACAGCAAAAUGACGAUUGAUCGAGAUACAACAUUGCGUGUUGCAGUUGGAGUCUUUGUGGAUAAAGUACAUAGCAUAUUUUACCUGAAUAAAUACACAGAAAACAAAGCAGCCAUUAUGGAUGCUUUAGAAGAUGCGAAGAAUUACCUCAAACCAGAAGCUAUGAAAUGUAAAACGCUAACACAUUACGCAAUUGAUGCUCUGAAUAAUGAGUAUUUCAAUGUGAAUAAUGGUGAUAGACGGGAUAGACUCGACGCCGAUUAUCGAAAUGUAGCAGUUGUUGUCACUGAUGCACGCACAAGUUCACGAAAAUGGGUGAACAAUGGUCAUCUAGGAAGAUAUUUGAAAGACGCAGAAGAAGCUGGAAAUGAUAUCUUUACCGUACUUGUGAAAAAUAAUCGUGAAAAGGAACCCUUAGACGAAGCCUUGUUGACAGGAAACGACACCAGCAAGCUGAUCGACAUUCGAGAGGGAAAUGAUGAAGCCGAAGCUGUGCGCUUUGCAAGUUUUCUUAAAUUUGCAUAUUCAUGCCCAAAAUCUGAUGUGCCACUGGUAUCUGAAGUAUGCGCUGACAUCAUCUUUGCUUUGGAUGUCUCCUGUAGUAUUACGUCCGAUGACAAAGAUCUGUCCACAUAUGUAGCAAGUGAAGUAUACAAGAAGGUAUUCGCUGAGACCAGGAAUUAUGGAGUUGGAACAUCUUUCCUUGUAUUUGACAACACCGCUAGAGUAGCUUUCGACAAAUAUGAAAUAAUGCCGACAAUUGAUGACAUUGCAACUAAAAUACUUGACGUAAAUGUCACAAAUGAUGCGUGUCGAACAAGACCUGCAAGCAUGUUUCAAGAAGUGUCUGACAAAGAAUUAGAUAUUGCAUUACCAGAUUCAAGUACACCUAUUUACAUGGUCGUGUUAUAUGAUGGCAUGACAUCUCCAUUAAAUGAACGAGAUCGCUCGAUCGAAUCUGCCACUGAGUUUAAAAACAAACCUAACACAGAACUGCUUUGCGUUAAACUGGAAAACGAUAGGGGUAAAGACGGAAGUAGUGAGUUCAAUGCAAUCCCUUCAUCUGCUAGUCACCUGUUUCCUCAGGAUGCGAGCUUUCUAAAUGAUGCCAAUAAAGAUAGUGUAGUACAGGGGAUUGCUGACCUAAUCAUAUCGGGUCUCAGAUGCCCAUCUUGA